AUGCCUUCCUCACCUGCAUUGAUCUUCAUGGUCAUCUUCUUCCUGGAGUCGUUGGCUGCAAUGUUGCAGAAUGGCUUCGUGGUUACUGUGUUGGGCAUGGAGUGGGUGCGACGCCGGAUGCUGCCUGCAGGUGACAUGAUUGUGGCCUCUCUGGCUGCCUCCCGGUUCUGCCUACAUGGGGUGGCCAUCCUGAACAACCUCUUGACCUUCUUUGACUACCAGACCCCCUGGAACUUCAUCAACACUCUCACUUCCUGGCUCACUGCCUGGCUUGCCAUCUUCUACUGUGUGAAGAUCGCCCUCUUCUCCCACCCUGUCUUCUUCUGGCUGAAGUGGAGGAUUUCUCGGUCAGUGCCCAGGCUGCUGCUGGGCUCCCUGGUCUUGGCUGGUCUGACAGUCAUCUCAUCAGCCAUUGGGACUAGAAUUUUUAUGCAGAUGAUUGCAUCCCAGAGUUCCCAAGGAAACAGCACCCUGGCUGAUACAGUACAGUCCUUCUAUUGGUGUUUUACUGUACCUCAUGCAAUGCUUACAUUGUCAAUCCCAUUCCUCCUGUUCUUGGUGUCCACGUUCUUGCUCAUGUUCUCACUGUGCCAGCACUUGAGGCGGAUGAGGGACCAUAGACUGAGCCCAUGUGAUCCUAGUAUCCAGGCUCACACCAGGGCCCUGAAGUCACUUGUCUUCUUCCUUGUCUUCUAUACAUCAUAUUUCCUGUCUCUGAUUGUUGUUGUUAGGAAAAUCACAAUCUUCCAGAGUCACUGGUACUGGGCCUGGGAAGUGGUAACUUAUGCAGGUGUCUGUCUGCACUCCAGCAUCCUGGUGGUAAGCAGCCCCAAGCUGAGAAAGGUCCUGAAGACCAGGGUUUGGAAAGCUCUGGACAAAGGAUGGUCUGUCUCAAGUUAUCAGUAUCAGUAA